AUGCCUCGAAAUGCCAUACCACAUGAAGAGGUACUCGGAUUCAUUUACGAAUACCUUGAUUAUUUUGGCUACCGUAAUAGUCUCAUGGCGUUGCAAACGGAAUCGAGAGUCCCGUACAACACCAUCCACGUCGCCAUAGAAGGGAAUGACGAAAGGGAUGAAUUCAACCCUUGGGGCCGUACCACCGCUGCGGGUUCUUAUUCGGGCACUCAGGUUAGUCGUGGGGGGGAUUCUCGAAUGAUGAAAUUCCCACCACCCUCCUUAGUUGGGCUGCAGCGUGCUGUAUCGCAGGGAAACUGGGCGGAGGUUUUAAAUGUUUAUGUUGACGGCCUGUUAAUACCAUAUGAGGUUCGUGCAAACUUAUAUGAGCUGAUCUUUGAGGAACUUUUCCUCGUGCACGGCAUCCAGACGGCUGCUCGCACGCUGCUUCAGCACUCACCCGUCUUCAAGGAGAUGAAGGAGAAUGCACCAGCUCGCUUGGUGCGUCUGCAAAAGAUGCUGGACGAUUUCGAUAGCAUUCAGUGGGAAGAGAACCAUAAUAAGGCGGGGGGCAAUGUGGGCCUCACCGUAGAGCUGCAAAAGCGACGCGAAGGGGUGUUUCAGCAGCUGAAGGGCCUUAUUCACUUUUCCAGUGAUCCCUUCGACGGCGCGCUACCCUCUGCGCUUCUAAUCGCCGAACGUUGUAAAUGCCAGGGCAGCGCCGCGGAGGCGGAACCCACACAUUCGGGAGACCAGCCGCGAUUUCAUAAACGAGAACGACCUGAGGCAAGAGGCACCACCCCCGAUGUUGUGGCGACGCAGAAGCAGUGGUCUGAGGUUCGCCUGGAAUACCCCAUUUCGGUACCGCAAUCGAUCCACCGAAAAGUCCCCUAUUCGGCAGAAAAGGCCAUCACAACGUGCUGCGUUGUAAGUAGGAGGGAGGAGACGGAAACGAUAGUGUUGUUAGGCCGCGCAGACGGUGUGCUCGACUUCAUCGCACCAACAUCCGGCGAGCUAGUGCGGAGUACCACUGCGCACACUGAUGGGGUACUGGCGCUUGCGUUGGAUGAGGUGUCACCGUCGGCUUCAGCCGUUAUAGAAAACAAAAAAUCUACCAGAGAAGACCCUGAAGGUGCGAGAACCACAACAGCUGAUAGCUCCUGUCUGUGGAUCGCCGCGGGGUACCGUGAUGGUUGGAUAAAGGUGUAUAACUUUUCCACUGGUCGACUUGUUCGACGAUUCCCAUCCGUGCAUUCGAUGGGCGUUACGACUCUGCUAUUCGCGGGACCUCGACACCCCAAUUUGAUGAACCAUCGCAACUUCGUGAUAACGGGUUCCUACGAUACCACUAUACAUGUUCUUGAUAUUGUGAGCGGGACUUCGGUCUUCAAACUGAGCGACCCACACCAUGGAGCUUUUAUAAACGCGCUGUGCCCAUUGCCGCGUGGAGGGCAACUCGCUGGUGAGGAAACUCUCCAGACAUUCAUGAGCGCAGGAAACGACUCGAUGAUUGGGAUUUGGUGGCUUGACGAAAGAAGUGGAAUGGUGCGUUCUUUGGAGGCGCGCACCUGGAACUUGAUGACGCUUUACCACGAGUGCAAGGACGGAACCGCAACGGCACUUCAGCUGGUGUCUACGGACCGCAGUAAGGAAAGGAUCGACUCGCGGCGGGAUUCCCCCGACGUCGAUUACGUCAUCGUUGGAACUCGCUCGAAUGUGGUGUUGAUCAUCGCCGUGGCGCUGCUGGGUAGUGCGGCGGAGCGAUCCGUACAAUUUCGCACCCUCUGCGUUAUUCAUGCGCGCAAACGCGUUCGACACGUAUCCGCGCAUGAAUGUUGGACAGAUUCCCUUUCAAUUCCCAUGCUCUGUUUGUAUGCUACCGACGAGGAAGGGACUACGUUAUUGUACAACAUUGAGAUGAAAUGGCUUGAUGCCGAGGCAUGGAAACAGUUCAAUGGUGCAAUUAAUAUCACUAAGGCUACGGACGAAAACGCUGUGGUGCUGAUGGAUGUCGGCAAGAUGGUAGACGAUUUACGUGUCUGCGGGGUGUGGCAUUCCACGAGCCACCCUCAACUCCUGGCUUAUGCGCCAUCCCUAAGUAAUGUGUAUGUCUUACGUUAA